AGAGAGGAAGGAGCCGAUGAAAAAGUCAUCGCCCCCACCAAAAUCUCCGGGUGCUGGAUCAGAAGGGAAGAUUAUUGCUGUAAUCGGUGCGGUUGUGGACGUGAAAUUCGAUGUUCACUUGCCGCCGAUUCUGAACGCACUCGAAGUACCUGGACGAAAACCACGUCUGAUAUUAGAAGUCGCUCAACAUUUAGGUGAUAGCACAUGCCGUACGAUCGCAAUGGACGGUACCGAAGGUCUGGUGCGUGGGCAACCGGUUAUAGAUACGGGAGCUCCAAUUACGAUACCGGUUGGUGAGCCAACGUUGGGCAGGAUUAUGAAUGUAAUUGGUGAACCGAUUGACGAACGCGGUCCAAUCGAAACGGACCAGUUCGCGCCAAUUCACGCUGACGCUCCGCCAUUUGUUGAAAUGUCAGUUGAACAAGAAAUUCUCGUGACUGGAAUAAAAGUGGUCGAUUUACUCGCGCCAUAUGUUAAAGGUGGUAAGAUUGGCCUAUUCGGUGGUGCUGGUGUCGGGAAGACGGUUUUGAUCAUGGAGCUCAUUAAUAACGUAGCGAAAGCACAUGGUGGUUUCUCGGUCUUCGCCGGUGUCGGCGAAAGAACGCGUGAAGGUAACGACCUCUACAAUGAAAUGAAAGUCGGUGGUGUCAUUAAAGACGAUUAUAAGUCAUCGAAGGUGGCAUUAGUAUACGGUCAGAUGAAUGAGCCGCCGGGAGCAAGAGCUCGCGUCGCCCUCACAGGUCUGACGCUAGCAGAACAUUUCCGCGAUAAAGAGGGACAGGACGUGUUACUGUUUAUCGAUAACAUCUUUCGUUUCACCCAAGCGGGGUCAGAGGUAUCAGCUCUGCUCGGUCGUAUUCCGUCGGCUGUGGGCUACCAGCCCACACUAGCGACGGAUAUGGGCACGAUGCAGGAACGCAUCACCACAACUAAGACGGGUUCGAUAACGAGCGUGCAAGCAGUAUACGUACCAGCGGACGAUCUGACUGAUCCAGCUCCCGCAACGACAUUUGCGCAUUUGGACGCGACGACAGUACUGUCGCGAGCCAUCGCCGAGCUGGGAGUGUAUCCCGCUGUGGAUCCAUUGGACUCGACAUCCAGAGUUAUGGAUCCUAAUAUUAUAGGAGCAGAGCAUUAUGGCGUGGCUCGAGGUGUUCAGAAGAUAUUGCAGGACUACAAGUCGCUCCAAGAUAUAAUUGCCAUCUUGGGGAUGGACGAACUCUCUGAGGACGAUAAGUUGACGGUCGCACGAGCUAGGAAGAUACAGCGGUUCCUCUCGCAACCAUUUCAAGUGGCGGAAGUGUUCACCGGCCAUGUCGGUAAGAUGGUCAAGCUGGAGGAAACUAUCAAGGGUUUUAAGAGGAUUCUAAACGGAGAACUGGAUCACAUACCUGAGGCAGCUUUCUAUAUGGUAGGGACGAUUGAAGAUGUGGUUGCGAAGUCACAGUCUCUCGCUAAGAGUAUUUAA